AUGUUACGUGGAUCGAGUGCCUUAAGUAUGGAUGCUGAUACAACAAACGUACAGAGCCUUAAAACGCUCGACGAGGAGACUAGCCACCUGGUGGCGCCUAAGUCAGAAAUACACAAAAGCAAUUCAACCACGUCGUUGUCUAGCCUAGUAACGGCGAAUACAACCCACUACCUGAAUUGGCUGAAAACGUUCUAUGCGAAUAAGCUGAACGAAGUGAUCCAUUUCCGCGAGGCUGUAGAUGUUCUCACACAUUACAACUGUCGUAUGGACGACGUUAACGACGCCGACGACAUAGUAGAGCCUUGUCUGCUUGACUGCCACACUGAAGAGGGUUUUGUCAUGGCUGCGAUGCACCUCAUUGUACACCACAUAAAAGCGAAACAAGCUGAAUCCCCGACAUCCAUUGUAACCAUUGGUUUGUCCGGAGGCACCACUCCUCGGGCCAUUUAUCGCCACAUGGGGAGUCUCGAUGACUUAGAUAUCGACUUCAAUCGCAUCAUUUUCUUUUUGGUUGACGAACGCUACGUGCCUCCUACUGAUGAGCUGUCAAAUCAGCGGUUAAUACGUAACACUUUGCUGAAGAGUUGGCCUAUUCCUGAGGAACACAUAAUUUUCCCUGAUACUACGCUCCCACUGGAAGAAUGCGUGAGCAAAUAUGAGUCAGACCUUGAAAAGAUCUUCGGCAUGGUGGAGGAUGCCAAAGAAUUCAAUGAUCAGACGCAUGACCCGAGAGUUUUGGGUCUUACAAAGAGCGAAUAUACGACAACUCCAGACCUUAUCACUCUGGGCAUCGGAGACGAUUUCCACAUUGCUGGAUUGUUCCCCGAUUACCUGUCGACCUUAGACCCGUCGCACGUGACGGACUGCAGGGAGCGCGUCAUGAUAACAAAAACGGACACUGCGGUCGUUCACGAACGCUUGACCUUGUCACUUCCGUUUCUGUGCUGCGCAAAGAGCAAGCUGUUUUUUUUGAAAGGUGAGCGCAAGAAGCGCAUUUGGACCACCAUGAUGCAAUACCGUCACGUGGAUCCGAUUCGUUUCCCUGCCACUCAGAUAUUUACAAAACCUGGAUGUGUGGCCGUUCUAGACUCUUCUUGUAUUCGCCGUAUCCGUCGCAAGAUACCUAUGGAACAGACGGAUUCUCUGACUUUCAUUUUGUUUGGCAGCAAUGGUGACUUGGCACGACGCAAGCUCUACCCCGCCUUGUUCCAUCUUUUUUAUUUGGGGUUCUUACCGGCCCAGUUUCGCAUUUUAGCGGUGAGCCGCUCUCAUCAGUCCUUUGACGACUUUUUUGAGACGGUGUCUAAAGACAUUUUUGCGUCAAUCAACACAACAGUCUUCGUAUGUGAAGCUGCGGCAAGGUUUGAUUUCCCCACGGUGAUCGCAGAAUUCAAGAAGGUCUUACGGCGCAUCACUAUCCGAUACGACGAACCGCAGUCACUUGUUCUACUACACGAAAGCCUCAAUGAAAUCGAGGCCGGUUCGCCGGUGUCUCAUCGUCUCAUUUAUCUGGCCACACCGGCGGAAGCUUAUCACCCAAUCAUGAAGCUAGCAACCUCCGUUUGCCGUCGAAAUGCAGGAUGGUUCCGUGUGAUGCUGGAGAAGCCGUUCGGUCGCGACCUUGGCAGCAGCCAGGAGAUUUUACGCGUCCUGAAUGAGCACGCUCGACCGGAGGAAAUGUUUCUGGUUGACCACUAUUUGGGGAAACCCCUUAUUUCGUGCAUUAUAGCAAUCAAGCGUUCGUUGCGGUACAGUGACCUCUUUUGCAGGCGUUACGUGAAGAGCGUGCACAUCAAAAUGAAAGAGUCGAUUGGAAGCUUCGGCCGCAGUUACUUUGACCAAUAUGGCAUUAUUCGCGACAUGGUGCAGAACCACGGCAUGCAACUGCUAUCUCUGAUUGCUAUGGAUCACCCGGACCGGUUGAGUGAUUCUCUGGCGGAUGAGAAGUGCAAGGUGCUUCGCGCCGUCAGCACAGUGGGCUUGGAAGAUACGAUUCUUGGCCAGUAUUCGGCAAGCGCCGAUGGCACUGAGUGCGCCUAUGUGGAUGAGACUGGUGUUCCUCAGGACUCUCUUUGCUCCACGUUUUGUUCGAUGGUGCUAUAUGUGGACAACGACAAGUGGCGCGGCGUACCGUUCGUAAUAACUGCCGGCAAGGGAAUGGACGAACGACUUUGCGAGAUAAGUCUUAACGUGAGGGAUACGUUUGCCUCGGAUUUCGGAGCAGAGUUUGAGGCGCGCAACCUGGUUUUCCGUGUUCAGCCAAAUCCCAGCGUCUUCUGGUGCGUGAACGCCCAACAGCUCUCUGUGCAACCUGAUGGCGAGAGCCUACUAUUUUCUAGCGAUCAAGAGACAGAUAGCGUCGGCUUGAAGGUAGAGGAACGCAUUUUGCGCGGCGUGGACUACAAUCUUACCAAGCUGCCGGUAGUUGGGUGCUACGAGAUCCUGCUUUAUCACGCAUUCGGCGGGAAGCGCAAUUACUUCCCAACGAUUGAUGAGGUGAAUGAGUCAUGGCGCAUCCUGACGCCGCUGCUGCACGAAAUAGACACCAAGCGCGUCCGCCCAGUUCUCUAUCCGCGUAAGUCAAGCGGUCCGGUUGAGCAAGAGGCACACCUAAAGCUAUUAGAUUGA